GCGGGGGCGGGGGCGGCGCGGGCUGCGGCAGGUCGGCGCCCUGAGCCUCCGGCUGGCGGAAUGGUGCUGAACCGGGUGCGAGCCGUUUUCUUCGACCUGGAUAACACCCUCAUCGACACGGCCGCGGCAAGCAGAAGAGGCAUGCUGGAGGUGAUAAAGCUUUUACAAUCAAAAUACCACUACAAAGAAGAGGCUAAAACCAUCUGUGACAAAGUUCAAGUUAAACUCAGCAAGGAAUGUUUUCAUCCUUCCAGUACAUGCAUUACUGACCUAAGGACUUUACACUGGGAGGAAGCAAUCCUUGAAACGAAGGGUGGUGCAGCCAAUAGGAAAUUGGCUGAAGAAUGUUAUUUCCUGUGGAAAUCUACACGUUUACAGCAUAUGAUACUAGCAGAAGAUGUCAAAGCCAUGCUCACUGAACUUCGGAAAGAAGUCCGCCUGCUUUUAUUAACAAAUGGAGACCGACAGACCCAGAGGGAGAAGAUUGAGGCUUGUGCCUGCCAGUCCUAUUUUGAUGCUAUCGUUAUAGGUGGAGAGCAGAAAGAAGAGAAACCAGCACCUUCCAUAUUUUAUCAUUGCUGUGAUCUCCUUGGACUACAGCCUGGGGACUGUGUGAUGGUUGGUGACACACUAGAAACCGAUAUACAAGGAGGCCUCAAUGCAGGGCUGAAAGCAACAGUCUGGAUAAAUAAAAAUGGAAUAAUGCCACUGAAGUCUUCCCCCAUGCCACAUUAUAUAGUUUCAUCUGUGCUAGAGUUACCUGCUGUCUUACAAAGUAUAGAUCGUACAGUCAGUAUGUCAACUUAAAGCAUAGAAAAGGGCAUGAUUAUGUAUUUUAGGGUCAAAUACAGGUUUUGAACUAAGAAAAGUUAAGGCAUUCCAUGUAUUAAGACCCAGUUCUAAGAAUAAUUUUACUUACAGUUUAAUAGCCAGCCAACCACUGACUGGCAUUUAUAUCUGAAAAUCCAGAGCACAUUAAUAAAUACAACUUACUAGUUAUUAGUAGUGUAAUUCAGAAAACUUGAGGAAAUCUAUUAUUUGUUAAUCUGUGACUUGAGGUUUUUGAAAAAUUAUUUUAUUAAUCUUUUAGCAUCUUGGAUCCAUGAAGAUAUCAGACAAGAUAGCUUAUACAUGGAUGCACAAAUACAGGUUUUAUGUUCUGUCUUAAAAAUAGAUAUAUUUUUAAAAUAGAUAUUCUAGAUAUUCUAAAACAGAUAUAUAAUAGAGAUUUAUCAGAACAAUUGGAUCUGGAUAAUAGGAAAUAAGUGCUAAGUCACAUGCCAAUCAAGGCAUUCCAUAGUGAAAUUAUUUUGCAUAUUUUCUUUUUAAAAACAUCUACCAUAUUUUUGUCUACUUUGAAUGUAUACAUUCUUUUAUGAAUCGUUUUUCUGCAUGACCUUUUUUGAGGGGAGGGGGGAUAAUUUUCCUAUGGUGUAUACAUGACAAAUAAAUUUCUCCAGUAAAAAAGCUGUUAAAAUCAGCAUAUGGUGCUCCUUCUCCAUGACAUUUUCGCAUCUUUCUAGAGUGCACUUAUAGAUUAUUAUUAGUCUUUACCUCUUACAGAAGUAUUUUUACAAUCUUUUCCCAGGUACACAAUGGGUCCAAGGGACUAGACUUCCUGGCUGGUGAUAAGUAGAAGUCACAUGGCACCAAAAGUCAUUUUCCUUGUGUGGGUACCUCAGAGGUACAGCAUAACUAUGCUGCUCUUCCAUAAAUUCUUUAUUGACUGAAUAACUUGACCUGUAUGAUGAAAACUAAUAGGAAAUUACGUUUUGCUAUGAAUAAUUUCAGGGUGCCAUUUUAAUAUAAUUUAAGUGGCUUUUGGUGUUACCAUCUGCCUUACAUCUCCUAUUUUGCAAAUUUUAGGAAAUAUAUCCUGUUUCCAAUUUCUAUAUCCAACUCAGUGUUUAAGCUUAUUAAUUAAUGACUAAGAACAUCUUGCAACUAGAAAACUUUUUCUAGGCCAUUAAGCUAGACAGUCUCAUGACUUCACCAACUUGGAGUAAAAUGGUUAAGGAAAAAGAAUAAUUUGGGUUGGUUUUUGGCAGGUUUUUUUUUUUUAACUUUUGUAUAAGAAGCUACUAAGGUAAAAUAUUAGGCUGUUAGAAUAUGUAUAGCUAUAACUCCUCUGAUUAUAAUACUUAGGUUCUAGAUUAUGCCUAUUCUUAUUUCUUUAGCCAGUCAUUUCCUGUUCACUGCCAAGAACAGGAUUCUCUGCUAUUGUGCAAAUGUCCUGUUGUGUUUACUUUUCACUCUUAAUUUUUAAAACUGUGAUUGUACCCUUGACUGUCCCAGAAUGUUGUUGCUAUAAAGCUAACCAUUUGUGAACAGGGUAUGUAUGUGUAUAGUUACAGGUAUGGUGCCCAUGUGACCUUGAUUAUAAUUUAGCUAUUUAAAAAUUAUUAAAUUGGAUGAUCUUGGCAGGAAAA